UCAGCAAACUGACACUCCAUAGAAACUGAAAACACAAAACUAAGAGAAGGGAACAUCGACUUCUCGAAUAGAAAAAUGGCAUCGUCAUCCUCCUCGUACUUCCUUCUCUUCGCUGCUAUUCUUGCAGCGAGCUCAUGGCAGGCUAUGGCCUCUGAUCCUAGCCCUCUCCAGGACUUCUGUGUCGCAGACAAUAGCUCACGUGUGCUAGUUAAUGGAUUCGUCUGCAAGGACCCAAAGGUUGUGACAGCGGAGGACUUCUUCCUGGCAGCCAAACUCGACAUGCCGAGGGAUACCAAGAUUAGCAAGGUCGGCUCCAACGUGACCUUGAUCAAUGUCAUGAAGCUUCCUGGCCUCAACACCCUUGGCAUCUCCCUAGCACGUAUUGACUAUGCACCCCUAGGAGAGAACCCGCCACACACCCACCCUCGUGCAACUGAGAUUCUCACUGUGCUUGAGGGUACACUCUAUGUCGGCUUUGUCACGUCCAACACCGAUAACAAGCUCCUUUCCAAGGUACUCAACAAGGGUGAUGUAUUUGUCUUCCCGCAAGGACUCAUCCACUUCCAGUUUAACCCAAAUCCCUACAAACCGGCGAUCGCAAUUGCUGCACUAAGCAGCCAGAACCCGGGGGCCAUUACCAUUGCGAAUGCCGUAUUUGGAUCAAAGCCUAUGAUCUCCGAUGAUGUGCUCGCCAAGGCCUUUCAGGUGGAAAAGAAGACCGUGGACUGGCUCCAAGCUCAGUUCUGGGCUGACAACCACAACUGAUUCAAUGUUGCCCCAAGGCAAUAGUGCUUCACCAUAAAAUUCUAUUAUAUGUAAUACUAAGAAGCUAUUGUGUGUAUAUGUUUGAUGUAUUGAUUUGACUCAGACAUGAAUAAAAUAUUUUUCUAAUUCC